GAGAUGCUGUUCAGACAGAAUCCCCUAAGAUCAAGCUUCCAGUUGACUUUGAUCCCACAGCAGUUCUUGAUCAUUUUGAAGCUUUACAUUCAUUUGCAAGUGAAACCACAGAAUGUCUUCCACCUUCUACACAAAAAGAAAAGUUGAAAAAGUCAAAAUUCUCUGAUACUAAUGAGGGUGUAAAGAUGGUUUGGGCUGAUAUGCAACAGUUUGGUUGUUUGAUGUGUGAACUAUUUCUGGCUCCAAGAUUACACACACUUAAACAAGGUACCAGUCUGAGAGAACGCUACAAUAUGAUUGGUCGACUUUGUGCCAACGAUAAGGGUAAACUUCCCAGAAUUAUUCAAACUGCUGCAGAAAUUUUGCUCAAUUUAGACAGUUUUAAAGAAAUCCUAGAACCAGACACAUUACAAAACAAUGGGACCAGUCUACUGUUUGAAUACCCCAUAGUUAACUCCCUUGGAUCACAACCACCAACGCCAGCAUUACUUGUACAACAAUUCUCAAACAUUAUACCAUUCCCUCCAUAUUUUGAAGACAUGUAUAAAGUUUUAAACCAAAUGAAAGACAUUGACAAAGAAAUAGAAAGAGAAAUUAGUGAUGUCACAAGAUUAAGAGAAAAAAAGAAAAUUGAAAAAAUCUUGUCAAGAAAGAAAGUUGAUGUAUUAGAAACCUAUUUAAAAGGAAAUAGGGGCACUAUAUCAGAGGAAGGCUAUGAACUUCUUUUACCUUACAUAAAGGAAUUAUUUGAGGACCCGAAAACAACUGUACAAGCAGCCUGGUCACUGAUAGGUGUUGUAGGGAAGGAAUUAGGACCAACAGAGCUUGGGAGGAACAUGUUGCCAUAUUUAACACAAAUAUUCAACGGUGAAGCAACCACUCCAAAACACAUGAAGUUAUAUCACCGUUCAUUCCUAGUCCAACUUAUGCUACAUCUCGGCCUGGAAAAGUUUCUUACUAACUUCUGUACUUUAUUGGUGGAAGCUGUGGCCGGGUACAAGAAUUUCCAGAUUGGGGAUGAUCCUCAUAUGUCACAGGAUGAUAUAAAGGAAGAGGUAGAGGAGGUGUUGACCAAUAGUCAGUCUCUACAAGAUGAUGAUACAGCACUAUCUACUGUCAAUGAUCAGACUGUGCAACAAGAUUCUCAUAUAAUGGAAGAUGAUGAAGAUAUACGACCAGACCAGAAAGAUGAUGAUGAUGAUCUGGCUGCUGAUUUUGAUGAUGAUGAUGAUGUUGAUGAUGAUGAAGAUCUAGAAAAUGAAUUCCCUGAUAUAUCAGGGCAUGAUCACUCUAGGUCCACAGACUCAAUCGGAGGUGACUGGCUAUCUGAGAAGAGUUCUGAGAGUGAUGUAACACAUGAUGAGGGGUCUGCUAGAGGAAGUUCAGACAGGGCCUCUAUUCACAGCAUAUCACAUAUCAUUGAAAUGUCAAAUGACAAGGGAGGUCGAGAGAUCCAGUCAGGUGACUCUCCAGAAGUGAAAAUGAAAACAAGUCAUUCAGUACACUUUGAAAUAAAUGAGAAGUCGGAAAUAGAAUUAAAUUCAAUCGUCCAAUCAAAAGAUGAUGAUGUGAUUCAAACUGACCAAUCAAAAGAAGAGAAAUUAGAAGAGAACCAAUCAAAUGAUUCAGAUUUUAAAUCAAGCACCUACAUGAUACGGAGUGAGACAGAUGAGUUUCGGCAGAUACAUUACAGUCAUACAAUCAAUAUUUGUGAUAUAGCCGCAGAAAGUAUUAAAUGGUUGUCACACAGACUUGGUCCAUUACUUACAGCAAAAUAUCUGUCUAAGAACUUGGUGAGAAUGUUGGCUUUGUGUUAUAUUGGGGAGGAGCAAGUUACUCUGUUGUCAGACUCUGAGAAAGACUUACCAAAAUCAACAAAGUUGGUACAAGGUGACAGAAAUGCUCACAAGGUUUUGGAAUGUCUGAGUUCUGUAUCAUGUAUAUAUGGAGAGCAAGUGAUACUUCUACAAUAUAUACCAUGUAUAAUAGAUCUUAUUCAUGUGGCUAUGAAGAGGUUAACUGUACGAGCGGAAGCAGGUCUUGUGGCAGCUAUUGUACUCCUCAGACACAUUAUACCAUUGUUGUCUGACAAAACAUUCCUAGAUAUGUUAAAUGAGUCUGUUAUAUCUGAUGCAAUAAAGCCAAUGCUAAAACUUGUCUCCUCCACAACAACAUCAUUCCCAAGUGGAGCAGUUGUUCGCAGUAUAAUCCUCUAUAAGAUCAUAGAUGUAUUAUAUGUGAUAGGACUACGACUCGGCUUUGAGCUGGCUCGUCGUUACAUGACAAAUGUUCUACAGCUGUUCUUCAAACCAUUUGAAAAAGUUCACUCUAUUGGUACAUUAGAGGGUAUUACACCUACUGGCAGCUCCUCUGAUUUGUUGAAUGGUGUUAUGAUUGGUAGUAAAGAUUCAGGUUCUAUAGACGAAUCAUUCUUAAAUAUAAAAAUGGACUCUCAUACCCAGCAAUACACCAUAGGUUCACCAGUUAGUUUGAGUGUGUCACCAAAACACAGCGAUCCUCUGAAGAAAUUUAGAGCCACCAAGUCUAGCUAUAGCCUGGCAGAUAUACAUUCUGUAGAUGAUAGAGAUGAGAUUGACGCAAGGUCAGCUAGUGAGGAAAUCCUCCAAUCAGAAUUCAGACAAACAUUCAGCCCUGAAUUAGCAUUGGCAGCUUAUAUACCUCUUACAUCUGUGUUUGGAAGUCAUCAUAUGGAAGAAUGUUUAUCUAAUGAUGAUCUUAUACGUAAACUGUGUUCCCAGUAUGAUAAAGCAUUGUAUACUGAGUAUGAUGACUUGAAUUCUCCUGAACAUGAGGAAAAUGUUCCUGUGAAUGAAGGUUCAGAUAUAGGCAGUAAUGUGGCUAUUGUUGGUAAUCGUAUCUGUCUACAAGAUGACAACACCACAUUACAACCAAGUCCAGAAACAUUUCAACUGAGAAAACAUUUCCAACAUAAAGGCAUUCUUAGAAUAGAUCCAGAUGAGACAAAGAGUGAGGAAAUUCCACGGAAUACUAACCGACAUCUGAAGGGUAACUGGCUAGCUUACUGGGAACAUGAACUAGGUUUAAAUGAAAGAGACACAAUGUUCAACUUCAAACAGAUCAAAUUGCAAGCUUUUAUUGGUCAUCAGAAUAGUAUACGUUCUCUAACAUGCCUGGAUAAUGAGAAUUCUUUUAUCAGUGCCAGCAAAGACAAAACAGUAAAACUUUGGUCACUUAAUAGUUUUGGUGAUGGGAGUGGCAGAUGCAGAUGUCAGUGGUCAUAUGAGCGCCAUAAGAAGUCUGUAUUUUCUGUGGCAUAUCUAGAGACAUUGAGACUGGUGGCUUCGUGUGACAGUACUGUGCAUGUUUGGGAUCCAUUUACUGGAGACACAAUUCGGCAGCUAGAAUCAUCAAAGUACAGCCCUGUGAUAGCCCUUACACCAUUACCUAGUCCUAGUACUGUGGUAAUUACAGCUACACAAGAUAGUACACUAAGGUUUCUGGAUAUGAGAGCAGCUAGAUACGCCCAUGAAUACAAGUGUGUAACAGGAAAUCAUGGUGUGAUACGGUGUGUGACCUCUAGCCCUGAUGGUACAUGGGUAGCUGUAGGUUUCUCUAGUGGUGUUAUUGCAUUAUUAGAUUUAAAUACUGGUGUUCUAUUGGGCUCAUGGAAGGGACAUGACAGUGAAAUACUUCAGCUUAGAGCCUUCAACAAAACAUCAUUUGUAUCUACAGCAUUUGAUUUAAACAUGAAACUUUGGAGUGUAGAAACAACUUCAGAGUUGGUCACAUUUAAAGGUCACACAGAACCUAUACAUUGUGUAAGAUUUUAUAAGAACCAGAUCGUUAGUGCAACAACUAACAAUAAAAUUGGUGUCCACACCUCUGUAGAUGCACAUGCAAAUUUUUCUUCAACCAAGCUGAGAUCGGAGGUAUUCAAAGGUGUAUUAACCAGCAUGGAGAUUCUACCUCUAAACAGAACACUGCUGCUGGGAGCUGAUAAUGGUGUUAUCAGACUAUUAUGUUGAUAUUAAGAGUACAUAUAAUAGUUACAUCUUAACAUCCAUGAAGCAUCCAGGAUGUUUGUCUGAGAUCCAUGAGACAUCCUGGACAUUUUUCUGAGAUCCAUGAGGCAUCCUGGAUGUUUGUCUGAGAUCCACGAGGCAUCCUGGAUGUUUGUCUGAGAUCAAUGAGGCAUCCUAAAUGUUUGUAUGAGAUCCAUGAGUCACCCUGGAUGUUUGUCUGAGAUCCAUGAGGUAUCCUGGAUGUUUGUCUGAGAUCCAUGAGGCAUCCUGGAUGUUUGUCUGAGAUCCAUGAGGUUUCCUGGACGUUUGUCUUAGAUGUUUAAUUAUUAGACUAGUUGUUUUCUUAACUUAAUAGAGAGUAGUUCUAUUUGAAUCUUUCCUGUAGUUCUGUAUAAUAGGGUAAUCAUUGUCUUUUAAGUUAGGUUCAUGUCUAAAGUGAAACUAAGCAUUUCUUACAUGACUGUGUAAUGAUAAAGAUAUGCAUGUACUGUCUAAUUAGAAUAAUUUUAUACAUAAACAAAACAUUACUUUUUAAAUAGAAACAGGAAAAAAGACAAUAUAUAGUUUUGAGCACUCGUAAGCUUUAAAUAUUUCUUGCCAGAGAAAUUGUUUGACAAAUACAUCAUCAGUAAAAAA